CGGCUUGCGCGUGUUUGUGGCAUGGCAUAUAUAUACGACUCACUCAUACGAACAAGUGAGAAUCGGUAGUAAUAGUAUAGUCUACAAGGUUUCAUAGUCUCCUUUUCUACACAAAAUCAAUACCUUCUUCUUCUUCUACACUAUUCCUAUGGCUCCCGAUGCUUCCGACGCACUUGCAGCGAGGCAGAAAGUUCAAUUGUUUCUGAACGCUGCUCGAACUGGAUCAAUUGAUCUCUUAAAGAAAUUGGCGUUGCAGCUGGACGAGGGUAAGGAUUUGGCGAAAUCGGUGGAAGCAAUAAAGGACGCCAACAAGAGAGGUGCACUGCAUUUUGCCGCGCGCGAAGGCCAAACCGCUGUUUGCGACUACCUCUUAACCGAUUUGAAGCUCUCUGUCGAUUCUCAAGAUGAUGAUGGGGAGACUGCACUCAUUCAUGCUACUCGUCAGGGACAUACCGCCACUGCUAAAUAUCUAAUUGACCACGGUGCCGAUCCUACCGUGGCUAGCAAUUUAGGGGCUACGGUAUUACACCAUUCUGCAGGGAUAGGGGAUACUGAACUGCUCAAGUACUUGCUGUCCAGGGGAGUUAAUCCUGAUCUAGAGAGUGACUCGGGAACACCUUUGGUUUGGGCUGCUGGCCAUGCCCAACCAGCUUCUGUCAGUGUACUAUUGGAACAUGGUGCAAAUCCAAAUGCUGAAACUGAUGAUGGUAUUACUCCACUCCUUUCAGCUGUGGCAGCCAGUUCUCUGGCAUGCUUAGAGCUGUUAAUUCAGGCAGGUGCUAAAGUAAAUAUAAGUGCUGGUGGAGCAACUCCUUUGCACAUCGCAGCUGAUAAUGGAAGUCUUGAACUAUUAAAUUGCUUAUUGAAAGCGGGAGCUGAUCCUAAUGUCUCUGAUGAGGAUGGUGUCAAGCCAAUACAAGUUGGUGCUGCAAGGGGCUAUCUAAAAGCUGUUGAGAUAUUGUUCCCCUUGACAUCCAAAGUAGAUACUAUUCCUACUUGGACUGUUGAUGGGAUACUCGAGUAUAUGCAAUCUGAAACUAGAAAGCAGCUGGGCAAUAUGCAGGAUGAAUCGAUAAAUGACAAAGAAACUAAUCAGCCCAAGGAAGCUGAUUUUCCAAAGCAAAAUGUCCCCGAGGUGGCACCUGAAGCCAAAAAGAGAGCAGCAGAAUCAAAGUCAAGAGGGGAUGAGGCUUUUAAAAGAAAUGACUAUCAUAUGGCUAUAGAUUCUUAUACCCAAGCAAUUGAUCUGAACCCCACUGAUGCUACUUUGCUAUCCAAUAGAAGUCUUUGUUGGAUUAAGUUGGGUCAAGCUGAGCAUGCUUUAGCUGAUGCAAAGGCUUGUAGAGCUUUAAGACCAGAUUGGCCAAAAGCUUGUUAUAGGGAAGGGGCAGCUCUGCGUUUGUUGCAGAAAUUUGAUGAAGCUGCAAAUGCUUUUUAUGAGGGAGUAAAGCUUGAUCCUGAAAAUAAGGAGCUUGUAAAUGCGUUCAGGGAAGCUGUCGAGGCUGGGAGGAAAUUUCAUGGAACUACUGAAAAUAAAUCAUAGUUUUGCCUUUGCUAUUAAUACCUCGUUUCAGUGAGAAGAGACCUAAGCAUUGCGGGAAGUGCAGCCUUAUUCACUUGAUCCUUUUUUCCUCAGUUUGUGUUUGUGCGUGUUUUCUUUCACUAGGUACAGUCGUACAGGAAGAGUCAGCCAGUAAUCUAAUCAGUUUCAUUAAAUUGUUAUAGUAAUUAGAAAGCUUAUGCUUAUUUGAAAUGUUCCAAAAUUGUUGCAGAAUUAGUAAAUUAUGAAAAUGUUUCAUGGGUAUUUCUCCCAUACUGUUGUAGGAUUCAUUUGUUUUAAAGUUCAGAAUUUUUUUUAUAGCAUUAAUUUUGAAUUGUCGAACUCAAUUAAGAUGAGUAUUUGAAGAUU